AUGAGGCUACACCUUCCUGACGACUCCUUUCCUCGAUCCCUGAACAAGCGUUUCGUAGCAGACUCGCUGAAUCAACGUAAGACCCAAAACUCAACCCCCCGGCAGGACAUUCUCGCCGAGAAGACCCCUCGGGGAGCGAACAGAGUGUGUGCCGUGAGCCGCAGUUCCCGGCCCUCCCCGCGGGGAAAAGACUGGAAAUGCCACGAGAUGGGGGAGCCGCCCAAGCAAAGGGACCGAAAGUGGCAGCAAGCUGCGGGCAUUCACAGGAAGGGCGAGUCUCCGGUCAGAAUCUGUGAAUAUCGCGAAACGAAAGACGAUCCUAAACCAGGCUCCAAGCUUGUGCCUUCCCAGAGAGAUGCCGCAAGAAACCGUAUCCCAAACUGGGGCUCAGAUAUCCUGAAACAAAAUCCUGUCCUAACCAGUAAUCAAAAGAUCUAUAAAAACUACGGAUAUGACAGACUCUUAUGGCAAAGCAUUGUCUUGAUCCCAUUUGUGAGGAGUCAGACGGGGCCGGAGUCAAACGUGUGGCCUCACGAUUACAACAAUGUGCUUCACAGCCAUAAUAACAUUCGCAUGGGGACGGACGUUCAUGAAUGGGAUCCAUUUGGAAAAGCCUUUGGUGAAGACGUCUGCCUCAACGUAUGCAGGUCUCACGUUACAGAGAAAACCUACGCGUCCGAUCCGUGUGGAAUCACCUUCCGAGAUAGCUCGAUCCAUGAGGCACAGAGGCAAUCCUGUAUGGCAGAGGCAAAUCAUGAGACUAAGCAAGAUGAGAAAUCCUUUGCCCACCCUGCAAAUUCUGACUCACGCAAGGAGACUAAGCCCGGAGGGGGGAAAUACAAAUGUCAAGAAUGUAGGAAAUCUUACCUGUAUCAGUCGUCCCUCGUGAGACACAUGGAAAUUCACACCGGAGAAAAACCCUACGAAUGCCAGACAUGUGGGAAAGCCUUUAAAUAUUCCUUACACCUUAACAAACACUUGCAAAAGCACAUUAUCAAGAAGCCCUAUAAAUGUGGGCGAUGUGGGGAGACCUUCAAUGAGUUCUCAAAGCUUACCGAACAUAGAAGGGUUCAUAUCGUAGAAAAACCCUAUAAAUGCGAGGAAUGUGGGAAAGCCUUCAUCAGUUCUCACAGAUUUAAAAACCACCUAAAAACUCACAGUUGACGGGCACUUGGCUAGCCCAUUCAGAAGAGCGCGAUCUCAAAGUCACGCUUUCAAGCUCCACGUGGGCUGUGGAGAUUGCCUAAAUAAA